GAUGAUGUUUGUCUGACUAUAAAGAGGGCUGUUGUGGCCUUUCAUUGGCAUUCAGUCGUUGGUUCCCUACUUGAAAGCAACUAAAUUUAUUUUUUAAUUUAAGUUUUUUACUUCUUUCCCCCACACACACAAGACUCACAACUAUGAACUCCUUCUCCGUGUUCUUGGUGUUUGCUUUGGCAGCACUGGUCGUAGCAGAACCUCCAUCGGGUUAUAAUUAUCAGCGCGGUGGUGGUGGUGGCGGCGGCGGUGGAUUUGGCGGUGGUUUCGGUGGUGGUUUCGGUGGUGGCUUGGGAGGUGGCGGCGGCGGCUAUCAAGCUGUUAGCGGUGGCUUCCAAACCAAUGAAGGCCAAAAUGUUGAUCCUCAACUGUUGGAACAAGUGCGUCAAAUCUUGUUGCAAGAAGAAAGCAAAUCCGGCGGCGGCGGUGGUGGUGGUGGCGGCGGCGGUUAUCCCGGCACUCCCUCUGGUUCAUAUGGUGCUCCCUCGCCACAAUACGGUGUACCCUCAUUCGGUGGUGGCGGCGGUGGCCGCGUUGUUGGCAUCGAUUUGGAGGGUGUACGUCAAGCCAUCCAAGUGGCUCAAUUCGCCCAACAAAGCACACAAGCUGGUGGUGGCGGCGGUGGUGGUUUCGGUGGUUAUCCCAGUGGUCCAUCGGGUUCUUAUGGUGCUCCCUCAAGACCCAGCGGUAGCUACGGUGCGCCAUUCUAAGCUCAACCGUUAGUUAUUUUUUCUUAGCAUAAUGUAGAUUACAUUUCAAAUUCAUCAUAAAACAAUUGCUGCCAAAUAAUUGAAAAGACAAACGCGCGCGCCAAUAUUUAACAAACGCCUCUGAAAACGGAUACGCUAAAGCGAAAGAAAAAUAAAGAAAAGAAAACAACACCCCAGCAAGCACCAAAAGAACAGACAUCAACAUUUAAGUAACCCCAGCAACCAUCGAGCCAUUAACACGUGAAAGGAGGUUCGUCAAAAUACCGUUAUUACCAGAAAAAAAUGCAACACUUAUAACAACACCAUUAAUUAACUGGGAAUUUGAUGUUUGUAUUAAUUGUGUAAAUUUAAAGAAA